GGUGACUGUCGCCGUAGCGCGCGGGACCCGCCCAGGGCACAAGUUCGCCGUCCGCCUCCAGGGACCUGGGGUAGGUGCCGGGAGCAGGUGCACUGGAGCAGGUGCGGAGCCGGCGACGCGGGAAGGAGCAGGCUGGUGUGGGACGCACGGCUAUCGAGCUCUCAGCUCCACCAAGCAGCUAAACGUUCGCCUUGCAGCCCGCCGCUUCCGGAAGGAGAUUGUGUGCCUGUCCCCAGGCAGAUUCUAGACCAAAGUUGAAGAAAUGGCUGACCUCAACAAGCUGAUGGAAAAUGAAGUAUUCAUGGCCUUUGCCUCAUAUGCUACAAUUAUUCUUUCAAAAAUGAUGUUUAUGAGUCCUGCAACAGCAUUCUAUAGAAUGACAAGAAAGGCUUUUGCCAAUCCUGAAGACUAUGCAAGUUUUGGCAAGGGGGAAAAUGCCAAGAAGCUUCUCCGAACAGAUGACAGAGUGGAACGUGUUCGCAGAGCCCACCUGAAUGACCUGGAGAACAUUGUCCCGUUUCUUGGCAUUGGCCUUCUGUAUUCCUUGAGUGGCCCAGAUCUCUCCACUGCCGUCCUGCACUUCAGGCUCUUUGUAGGGGCACGGAUCUACCACACAAUUUCAUAUUUGCUACCCCUUCCCCAACCAAACAGAGCUUUAAGUUUUUUUGUUGGAUAUGGAGUUACUCUCUCGAUGGCUUACAGUUUGCUGAAGAAUAGAUUGUACCUGUAAAGGAAAUCUGACCGUUCAUUGUUCAGUUGCUUUUCAAGAAUUCUGUACUUCAGUGCAUAAUGAAUGCUUUCUUAGGUUUUGUAGACGGGGAACAGAGAGACGAGGAAUUGGAGAAGAGCCAUUUUGAUUAUUAGCAUCAUCAAACCUUUUUUCUUAUUUUAUGUUUGCAACUGGAAACCUCACAUAAUUCCCAAGUCUUGUGUCUUUUUCUUCCAGUCCUUUGUUGUGAACUUUGAUUAUUUCUUAAAAUUUGCAACAUUCAUUCAACAUUUCCUAUUUUGAAUUUAUAAAAAAAAAAUGAGUGUGUGAGAAACCUGUAUUUCAAUUCUGUUGAAAUGACUAUCUGAAAUAAAAAAAUUUAAGAAAA